AUGGACGCGGUAUCAGCGGAGAUGCCCGGAGUUUGCUUGAAAGGGUACUUUUUUCACUAUACGCAGUGCAUUCUGCGGCACCGCGACGAACUUCAUCUUCGAUCUGCUGCCAGCAAGAAUGCGGUUAUUCGAGUAUUCUUCCGCAGAAUUCAGAUGUUACCGCUCCUUCCACCGCAGUAUAUACGGUUAUCAGAGGCCCUACGAGCACCUGCUCCUCCCUUGGUUACCCCAGUUGAACACAAUGCCAUUCUUGCAUUUUUGAGGUACUGGCAUGACACGUGGGGCGCUUUUGGUCGCUUUGGAAACAACUUGUGGGACCACUCAUCCACGUCGGUUCCAGAACCACUAACCACGCGGAAGGGUUCCACACUAAAAUUCGAACAGCGUUUCCCAGGAACUCGCUCUCGAACGCUGGUACAGAGGUUCGCCAGAACUCAACUUACGACUGCCAAAUCGGUUGUCGUAUCAGCAAGGGAUAUGGGAGCUUCACCGUAUGUCAGACCGCAAGAACAACAAAGGCAGAGAGAAAUCGCUACGGAAAUGCACAGGUUGAGGGAGGAACAUAUUAACAGAAAUGUUAUGCCUACCACGCGACAGUGUAAAGACUACUUGGAUUUUAUGGCUCAACGUCUCGCACAUUAG